AUGCGAUGGUUCUUCUACUUAUUUUGUUUAACAUCGACCGAAGCAACAAUUGAUACUAAAGGGUUUUUUGACUACUGGACUGAUUUAUUCCGGCCCUUUCCGCGAAAUCCCAAAGAAGGGUUUCUGCCUGACUACACACCUAGAGAUAAUGAAGAGUUUGACUUUAUAGUUAUAGGAGCGGGUUCCGCUGGGAGCGUCAUUACUAACCGUUUAACAGAAGUGCCACAAUGGAAAGUCUUACUAUUAGAAGCAGGUGGUAAUGAAAACUUCUUCUCCGACAUUCCCAUAUUUGCUGCAUUUCUAUCUCUUACCCCGAUGAAUUGGGGCUACAAUUCAAUGCCAGAGCCCAGAGCCUGCAAAGAUCUAAGAGGCAAAGUAUGUUUCUUGCCCCGAGGCAAAGUUCUCGGUGGAAGCAGUGUGCUUAACUUUUUAAUCUAUCAACGAGGGCAUCCCGAGGAUUAUAAUGAUUGGGCUAGAAUGGGUAAUGAAGGUUGGAGUUAUAAAGAAAUUCUUCCUUAUUUCAAGAAAUCGGAAAAUAUUGGUAUCAUGGAAUUACUCAAUUCAACUUAUCAUGGUACUGGUGGAUAUAUGGAUAUACAAUAUUCUCCAUAUCGACAUCCUCUUGAAAAUAUAUUUAAAAAAGCUGGUGAAGAAUUGGGGUAUAAAUGGAGAGAUCCAAACGGAGAAAAACUGAUCGGCUUCUCUAAGCCACAGGCUACAAUGCGCAAUGGCAGACGAUGUAGUUCUUCAAAAGCGUUUUUGGAGCCAAUUCGUUUCAGACCAAAUUUAAAAGUUUCAAAAUACUCUACAGUAACGAGAAUUAUCAUAGAUCCCAAAACUAAAAGAGCUAUAGGGGUAGAAUUUCUUAAACGAAAUAAAAUUAUACGAGUUCGUGCCCGAAAUGAAGUGGUAUUAUCAGCAGGAACUAUUGGUUCGGCACAACUGCUUAUGAUAUCAGGAGUAGGUCCUCAAGAACAUUUAAGUGAAGUUGGGAUCCCCAGCAUAAUAAAUCUUCCUGUUGGAUACAAUCUUCAAGAUCAUGUUACGUUUUCUGGAAACGCAUUUAUUGUUAAUGAAACAGGGGUCACUGUAAAUGAUUUCUCUGCUGCUUCUCCUCUGGCGGCGACGGCGUACAUGGCAGGUGGAGGCCCUCUCACAUUGCCUGGAGGAGCGGCUGGCCUGGCCUUUAUCCACACGAAGUACUCCUCUGACCGGGAUAAAAGCCGACCCGACAUUGAACUCGUCAUGGGUGCUGGAUCAUUAGCUGGUGAAACGAUCGGAAUUUUACGGUCAUUACUUGGGAUCACAGAUGAAUGGUUCUGGAAAGUCUACGGUUCGCUGCCUUUAGCUGCUAGACUGCGCACUUUUGUAAUUAACCCCGUUUUAAUUCGUCCAAAAAGUGUCGGCCGGUUGAUGUUGCGCAGCGGAAACUUCGCAGACCACCCAAGAAUCUAUAUGAAUUAUUUCGCUGAGCUGACUGAUUUAAGAACUAUGGUUGAAGGCGUUCGCAUGGUGGAAAAAGUCAUUCACACGAAUGCAUUUCAACGACUGAACACCAAAAUACACGAUACACCAUUUCCUGGAUGUGAGUCAUAUUUGUUUGACUCUGAUGAAUAUUGGGAAUGUGCUAUAAUGCAAACAUCUAUUACAUUAGACCACCAAGUGGGGACUUGUAAAAUGGCUCCAGCCGGUGAUCCAACUGGAGUAGUAUCACCAAGAUUGCUAGUCCACGGCAUAGAAGGCUUACGAGUGGCAGACGCAUCAAUUAUUCCAAAAAUACCGGCUGCGCAUACCCAUGCUGCCGUUGUUAUGAUCGGUGAAAAAGCAGCAGAUCUUAUUAAGGAAGAUUGGGGUCUUCUGAAAAAUUAA